AUGACACAUUGGAACGUUACUUUCAGAGUUGACAAGUUCUCGCUAGACGGCUCUUUCAUGAUUUACUUCUUCUUAGGAGACUUUAGUCCCGACAUCGAAAAUUGGAUCGUCGACCCUCAUCUUGCCGGUUCCAGCGGAAUAUUUGCCAGCUCUAGAGCCGCCAUUGAUUCCAGAGCUUGUGCAAACUGCGCAAAGCAACAAGCCUAUGGAAUCAAGUACAUGGACACUGUAGCGCUGACUCCCGCACUCUUGACAUACUGGGAUAACCAGGAGGAACAUUACGGCUGUCGUAUCGGUGACUUGAGCGCAGAUUAUGUCUUGCCGUUCCUCGUACGAAAUCUUCAUUGGCGUGUUGUGAACGUCCACGGCGAACAAGUUCCUUGCCAGACUAUCCCGUCACUAAAGGUCAUGGUCUAUUCUGAGACAGUCACUUUACCUCAUGAUAUCGCAGACAAGCCGCAGUUUGAAGGCCAGAUUGUUCAUUAUGAGGUAACCAAUGGAAGGCCCGGCGGAAUCAGUACUGGCGAAGAUAUGUAG